AUGUCCAUUAAGAAUGUGUACUUUAUUCUAGUGAGUAUAUGCAUUGCAUCCUCCGUUAAUGCUCAGUUACCGCAGUUUCCAUUUCCGCUUGACACACCAGGAUUUCCGUUUCCGCUUCCAUUUCAACCAACUCCCAGUGGUAUGCCAGGAAUUCCUGAUAUGAGCAAAUGUUGGUCAACAUUUAUGGAUAUGCCUGGAUGCUUUGCAGAGAUCAGACAAUCUAUUACCACCGGAAAAUUUGGUAGUAUAGGUCCCGCUUGUUGUAAAGCUUUUUUAGAUGCUGAAGCCAACUGCACACACCAUCUUCCAUUCAACCCCUUUUUCCCUCCUAUGGUAAAGGAGCAAUGCUCUCGAACUGCUGGUCCUCCAAUAACAUUGUAGGAUUAAGGAUUAGCUAUGUGCUAAUUCUUAAGUAUUUCAUCUAUUCUAAUAAUAUAUAUUAU